CUACGACGUCUCCUGCUCCAGUAGGUCCAUGAAAGUUGUUGUUACCUUAGAUGAUUCCCAAUCCGUAGUUUAUCUUGACAAGCUACGAGGGUAUCCAGAAUGCAAAGCGGAUAUCAACGGUGGGCGAGCGACGUUCCUUCUUCCGUUAGACAACAUCUACGCCUGUGGCACAAUCAGAGUCCUUAAUAAGAUAACGGGGGAGAAGAUUUUCUACCACCGAGUUAUUGUUGAGUACCCGAAGAACCCUAAAGAAGUGAUUUUAGUGAAAUGUGUUAUACCUGGUGAACCUCGAGGAUAUACCUUUCAAAAUAGGACCAGAAGGAAUGUCUUACCUGAGAACUUCUCUGAACCAGAGUAAGAUAAUGCUCACCCAAAAUUUGGUUAAUCACCAGUUUUAUCCUGAAAUUAUAAU